AGAAGUUACCGAAGUUGCAGAUUCUUAUGUCAAAAAGAAAAAAACAAUAUGGCAAUGGUUCAUUAACUAGAAAUACUAAUAAAUUUUUUGUUGAACAAUAAUAUUUAAGUGAAUUGAGUGAAUUUUAUAUUAAUGAAGUUUUGUGAUGAACGGAAUGUUACCGUCUUUUACACCCCCGGUGGUUAAACGGCUGUUAGGGUGGAAAAAAGGCACAGACGCUGAUGACAAAUGGUGUGAAAAGGCAGUGAAAAGUUUAGUGAAAAAAUUAAAAAAAUCAGGUGCUCUGGAGGAAUUAGAACGUGCCAUUUCCUCUCAGAAUCCUAAUACAAAGUGUGUUACCAUACCCAGGGUGCGUCCGAACGCGGACGUUCAACAGCAACGAAAAGGCUUACCUCACGUGAUAUACUGUCGUUUGUGGAGAUGGCCUGAGUUGCAGUCUCACCACGAAUUGAGAUUUUUGGAUCACUGUGAAUACGGCUACGCUUUGAAAAAAGAAGAAGUUUGUGUUAAUCCUUAUCAUUAUACGAGAAUUGAGACGCCAGCGCUCCCGGCGAUUUUGGUGCCGCGUCAUCCGUUGGGGGAUGAAAAUAAUUUGUUUCCGCAUUCUCUGGAGGAUCUAAGCACGUCGGUGCCAGAGAAUACGUCGUUUCCUCACCAUAACACCAAUACGUUGGGUUUUGUUGGUAGGUUACAUUUGCAACAUCCUGGGAGUUACAUGGAUACGGUGGGGUUGUGUCCUAAUGGUACCCCUACGAAUAUGGAAUCCCCUCAUAGUGUUGUACCUCCUACAGAAACGCCUCCUCCGGGGUAUAUGUCUGAGGACGGGGAUCCCAUCGAUCCGAAUGAUAAUAUGAGUUUGUCGAGAAUAACCCCCAGUCCCCCAGUCGACGCCCAACCGGUCCUUUAUUGCGAACCGGCCUUCUGGUGCAGCAUCAGUUACUACGAAUUGAACACCAGAGUCGGCGAAACCUUUCACGCCAGUCAACCCUCGAUAACCGUCGACGGUUUCACGGAUCCCAGUAAUUCGGAAAGGUUCUGUUUGGGGUUGUUGUCAAACGUAAACCGGAACACGGUCGUCGAACAGACGAGAAGACACAUAGGAAAAGGGGUCAGGCUGUAUUAUAUAGGUGGGGAAGUUUUUGCCGAAUGUUUGAGCGAUUCCAGCAUAUUCGUACAGUCGCCGAAUUGUAACCAGAGGUACGGUUGGCAUCCGGCUACGGUUUGUAAAAUACCUCCAGGCUGCAAUUUGAAGAUUUUCAACAAUCAAGAAUUCGCAGCUCUUUUAUCUCAAUCGGUGAGUCAGGGUUUCGAAGCCGUUUAUCAAUUGACAAGGAUGUGUACCAUCCGGAUGUCCUUCGUCAAAGGAUGGGGAGCGGAAUAUAGGAGACAAACCGUAACAUCGACACCAUGUUGGAUAGAACUACAUUUGAACGGUCCCCUUCAAUGGUUGGAUCGCGUUUUGACCCAAAUGGGUUCUCCAAGGUUACCUUGUAGUUCCAUGUCCUAAAAUCCAUUGAAAGAAAAUAUUAUAUUUACAAAAUGUAAACG